AUGGAUGGGUUCGGUGUUGGGUGGUUCACCUCAUCUGAGUGCGACUUCAACCCGUACACAGAUUCCGAGUGGCCAGAAUCCCUUCGGCCAGUCGUUUACAAGAACAUUCGGCCUCCGCUGAAUGACUUGGUGCUCAAGAGCAUCGUGCGGGGGACCAGCAGCAAUGCCGCCCUUGCUCACAUCCGCGCGGCUCCAGGCCUGACUCCCGUGGUCGAAACCAAUUGUCACCCGUUUGUUUUCGGCCGCCACCUCUUCGCGCACAACGGCAUCCUUGGUUCAUUUCCACGAAUUCGAACAGCGAUCUUGCAGUAUCUUCCGCUGAGGUACCAGCAGGCCAUUGUCGGAACUACAGACGCCGAGCACAUUGCCGCGGUGUACUUCUUCAUCCUGUGCGGCAAAGACGGGAACUGGGAGUCAGUAUAUGGCGCCGAAGAGAUGGCAGCAGCUAUGAGGGAAACCAUCAUCAUGCUUGAAAAGAUGCAAACCGAGUUCGGGCCUCCAGAGCGGGAGUUCAACACACUGAACCUUGUCGCCAUGUCCGGCAGCUCGCUAGUCGCGGUGCGAUACGGCAGCCCAAAGAGCCUGGAGCCGCCGAGCUUGUACUACUCCACCACGGCCGGGGCGACGCUUAAUCGCAAGUACAAGGGUUUCCCGAGUGACAUGGACGACGCCAGCGAUGGCGAUUCUGAAGAUGACGGGCGGUUAGAAAAAAAAAGCCAUGGAGAGCAUGUGGUGGUGGCAAGUGAACCCUGCACCUUCAACCAGAGCGAAUGGGGGCUCGUCGAGCCGUCUCAGAUGGUGGUUGCGGAUAUUGCGGCUGGUGUUCAUGUCGAGCAUUUGUAA